UAACUUUGGAAUAGGUAUAUACAAGGCCAAUCCUUGACAUCCGCACAUUUCAGAGUGAACGCUACGGUGAGCUUUCAUCGCGCAGUGUUGGUGUAGAUUGCUACUGAUCAUUUGGAAGUUCUCAGUUAAAGACAAUAAUAGUUUCAUAAAGUCCACGUGUCUCACUGUGUUUUGAAAACACGGAUUUUUACAUAAGGCUUCUUACAUGGAUAAAAGAUUGGCUGAAUCUCUCGAAGAAUGGAUGAAGUAUGACAAGAAUGAAAGCACGCGCUCACAAAUUAAGUUACUAAAAGAAAAAGAAGCGUGGGAUGUGUUACGGAAGUUAUUGCUAGAAAGAAUGACAUUUGGGACUGCUGGAUUACGAGCAAGAAUGGGGCCAGGAUAUUCUCAGAUGAAUGAUCUAACAAUUAUACAAACAACACAGGGUUUACUUAAGUAUUCACUAAAAACAUUCUCAGGUCUCAAGUCAGAUGGGAUUAUAGUUGGUUAUGACGCUCGACAUAAUAGUAAAAAAUGGGCGUUUAUUGUCGCUAAUAUAUUUGUUAAUGCUGGCUGCAAAGUGUACUUGUUUAAAGAUACAUUCCCAACUCCUAUGGUUGCAUUUGGCGUUAGGCUCUUCAAAACAGCCUUGGGUGUUAUGAUUACUGCCUCACACAAUCCGAAAGAUGACAAUGGUUACAAAGUUUACUGGUCGAAUGGAUGUCAGAUCAUCAGUCCUCAUGACAGUGGUAUAUCAAGUUGCAUCCUUGAAAGUUUGGAACCUUUGGAAACUUCAUGGAACAUAGAUAAUGUCGAGGCGAAUCCUCUCUGCUUAGAUCCAAUGCCUAAGCUUUUGAAAACCUACUGUCGACUACAGAAGAGCAGACUUUGUUUUACAGAAUCUGAAAAUAUAAAGUGUAAAACGUCUUUUGUGUACACACCUAUGCAUGGUGUAGGUUGGGAAGCAGUUAAAACACUAGUUUCGUGUUUUGGGUUUCCUCCACUUGAACCAGUUCCUGAACAGAUAACGCCCGAUCCAGAUUUUCCAACCGUUGACUAUCCAAAUCCAGAAGAAGGUCGUUCUGCACUCAAUUUAGGUAUUAAACAUGCGGAGUCUAUUAAAAGUACUAUCAUUUUUGCCAAUGAUCCAGAUGCUGAUAGACUAGCAGUUGCUGAAAAACAAAAAUCUGGUCAAUGGAAAAUUUUCAGUGGUAAUGAACUUGGAGCUUUAUUUGGUUGGUGGUUAUCUUUGCAGUGGAAAAUACACAAUCCUCAUGUAAAACCUUCCAGUAUUGCUGUAUUAUCUAGUACCGUGUCUUCUAAAAUAUUAAAAACUAUUGCCGAACACGAAGGGUUUCGUUUUGAAGAAACUUUAACUGGUUUCAAAUGGUUGGGUAAUCGCUCAUGUGAGCUAGAAUCGCAAAAUAUUAAAACAAUUUUCGCUUUCGAAGAAGCUAUAGGUUUUAUGUGCGGUGAUGUUGUCUGGGAUAAAGACGGUGUUGGGGCUUUAGCAGUUAUGGCUGAACUGACUGCUUGUGUUCAUCGUAGUGGAAAAUUAUUAUCUGAGCAAUUAAUAGAGAUUUAUAACAUUUAUGGUCAACAUAUUUCCAAUAAUGGUUAUUACUUUUGUCAUGAACCGGAAAAAAUUGUUAAGAUGUUUAAUCGCAUACGUAAUUGGCCUAAUGAACCUGGUCCUAAAGGUUAUCCCCAAAAACUUGGUCGGUUUCAAAUAACUGGUAUACGUGAUUUAACAGUUGGUUAUGAUGAUCAUUAUCCAGAUUUAAAACCGAUAUUACCUGUUAGUAAGUCAAGUCAAUUGAUUACUUUCGACUUCUCAAAUGGUGUGACACUAACGCUUCGUACAAGUGGAACUGAACCAAAAAUUAAAUAUUAUUCUGAAUUGAGAUCGAAACCUGGAAGCGAAGCAUCUGUAGAAUCUUUAACAAAUGAACUCCAAGAACUUGUGAAUAAAAUGAUUGAUGAACUUUAUGAACCUGAAAAAAAUGGUUUCCUUCCUCGCGUGGAUUAAAUUAACGUUGUUAUUUACUUAUUAGUUUUACUUCUUUAUUAAUUUAAAGGAAAGAAAAUUGUGUUGGUUUUUUUGUUAUGAAUAUUUUGUUGCUCAAUGUCCUUUUAUCUGUUCAUUCUUUGUUAUUGUUCUUUUAUUUUCUAUUUAUCUCUUUGUUCCAUCUAUAUGUUUGUUUAUUUAUUAGUUCACUAAUUUAAUGAUUUUUGAGUAAUACAUUCUGUUGAUUUGUAGCUUUAGUUGUAAACUUUAUUUGUUUAUCUUUACUCGAUUGAUUCAUUUUAAUCAUGAACAGAAAAAUUAAUUAUUUGUUAUUGUAGUUCAAUAUUAAUUAUUUCUGUUAUAUAUGACUGAAUUUACUAGUCUCUGUUGUUAUUUCAGCUGUUAACACAAAUAAUUAGAUAGUGUUACUUAUC